UGGGCAUUUUUGCCGUUUUCUUCCCAAAUUAAUUCAAAGGGACCUGAGUAAAAAUUGAGCGGAUAAAGCCUCUUGGCCACUGCAUCUCUUCUCUGCGACCAUGGAAGCUUUUUCCAUGGCUACACUUGGUUCCUGCCAUUUCUCUGCAUCAUCGCUUUCUUCCUCUUUAAAACUACUUACCCCAUUUUCUCUGUCUACAAACCCCAAUGGAAGCUUUUGUUCUCCGAGAAACCCUGAAAGACCAAUCGCCUCAUCAUUUCUCUCAUCUCUCUCGCUUGGGUCUUCAUCAAGGAACACAUUCACAAGAGAGAUAUGGGGCUGGGUUUAUAGCAAAAUCUCAAUUGUUAAGAAGGAAAGGCGUUUGAUUGUGAGAGCAGAGAUGUUUGGCCAGUUGACGAGCAGUCUAGAAGCUGCCUGGACAAAACUCAGAAAGGAAGAUGUUUUGACCAAGGACAACUUUGUUGAGCCUAUGCGAGAGAUUAGGAGAGCUCUUUUGGAGGCGGAUGUAAGCCUUCCAGUUGUGAGGAGAUUUGUUCAGUCUGUCAGUGAUCAGGCAGUUGGUGUUGGUUUGAUUCGAGGAGUGAGACCUGAUCAACAAUUAGUGAAGAUUGUGCAUGAUGAAUUAGUAAAACUAAUGGGUGGAGAAGUAUCUGAGCUCGUUUUUGCAAAGUCGGGUCCUACAGUUAUACUGUUGGCAGGUUUACAAGGUGUUGGGAAGACUACUGUUUGUGCUAAGUUGGCCUUGUAUCUCAAGAAACAGGGAAGGAGUUGCAUGAUGGUUGCUGCUGAUGUGUAUAGACCUGCAGCCAUUGAUCAACUUUCUAUUUUAGGUGAACAGGUGGAUGUGCCUGUUUAUACAGCAGGAACAGCAAUAAAGCCAUCAGAAAUAGCUCGACAAGGUCUCAAGGAGGCCAAGCAGAAGAAUAUUGAUGUUGUGAUUGUGGAUACAGCUGGAAGACUGCAAAUAGACAAGGCCAUGAUGGAUGAGUUGAAGGAGGUGAAACAGACAUUGGAUCCCACUGAAGUUUUGCUUGUGGUAGAUGCAAUGACUGGUCAAGAAGCUGCAGCAUUAGUCACAACAUUCAACAUUGAAAUUGGAAUUACCGGGACCAUUCUAACAAAACUGGAUGGAGACUCUCGAGGUGGAGCAGCUUUGAGUGUCAAAGAGGUUUCAGGAAAGCCAAUAAAGCUUGUAGGGCGUGGUGAGCGUAUGGAAGACCUCGAGCCUUUCUACCCUGAUCGGAUGGCUGGGCGUAUAUUAGGAAUGGGAGAUGUUCUGUCAUUCGUAGAAAAAGCACAAGAAGUUAUGAGACAAGAAGAUGCUGAGGAAUUGCAGAAGAAGAUAAUGAGUGCAAAAUUUGAUUUUAAUGACUUCUUAAAGCAAACUCGUGCUGUUGCCCAAAUGGGUUCGAUGACCCGUGUCAUUGGAAUGAUUCCAGGCAUGGCAAAGGUAACCCCUGCACAAAUUCGUGAGGCAGAGAAAAGCUUAAAAAUAAUGGAGGCCAUGAUUAAUGCCAUGACACCUGAGGAAAGAGAGAAACCUGAAUUGCUGGCAGAAUCCCCUGCUAGGAGAAAGAGAGUUGCGAUGGAUUCUGGGAAGACUGAACAGCAGGUAAGCCAACUUGUUGCUCAACUCUUCCAAAUGCGUGUACGCAUGAAAAACUUGCUUGGAGCCGUGGAGGGGGGGUCUAUUCCUGCACUAAGCAAUCUUGAGGAAUCACUCAAAGCAGAACGAAAGGUGCCUCCUGGCACUGCACGAAGGAGAAGGAACAAAUCAGAAACAAGGAGACAAUUUGCCGAUUCAGCUUCAGUGAGACCUGGCCCUAGGGGAUUUGGUUCAAAAACUUGAUGUUUUCUUUUCCCUUUUCUUUUUUUCCUGCUUAAACGUGAGCUUUUAUUUGAGUAAUUUCUUGAUUUUAUAACUUUUUAAGUUUCAAUGACUUUCUCAAAGUCUUGUUUUGAUUCAAAAUUUAGACUCUUGUAGUUGUAAAUUAUCAUACCUAACUCUCUGUCUCAACAUGUAACUAGGACACAUCCAAUGGUUCUUGUUGCAUUGACAUGCGGAAGAUAAGACAUGCUUAUCUGAGAUUUAGAAAAACAUGUUCUUGAUGUUUUCUUCGUGGAAUGCAACCACUAAAAAAGGUAUUUGAAAGUUG